AGAUGGAUGCCAUGGGGGUUGGGAAGGUGUGGCACUUGCAGAGGGAGAAAAGAUCAGCAGCUCCUGGCGCUAGUAAUAGUAGUAGUAGUAGUAGGAGCAGGAGGAGGAGGAGAAGAAGGGUAUGCAGACGAAGCAGCAGCAGCAGCAGCAGCGCACAGCAGCAGCAGAAGCAGGAGGAGGAGGAGGAGGAGAGGAGAUGGAUGGCAUGGGGAUUGGGAAGAUGCUGCACNAGCAGCAGCAGCAGCGCACAGCAGCAGCAGAAGCAGGAGGAGGAGGAGGAGGAGAGGAGAUGGAUGGCAUGGGGAUUGGGAAGAUGCUGCACUUGCGGAGGGAGAAAAGAUCAUCAGCCGCUGGUAAAGUAGUAGAAAAGAUCAGCAGCCGCUGGUAAAGUAGUAGAAAAGAUCAGCAGCCGCUUGUACUAGUAGUAGUAGUAAUAGGAGGAGGAGGAGGAGGAGGAGAAGAAGGGUGCGCAGAGGAAGGAGGAGAGGAGGAGGAGGAGAAGAAGAAGUAGAAGAAGAAGAAGAUGGAUAACAUGGAGAUUGGGAAGGUGUGGCACUUGCAGAGGAAGAAAGGAUCAGCAGCUGCUGGCAUGAGUAGUAGUAGUAGUUGUAGCAGUAGUAGUAGUAGUAGGAGGAGGAGGAGGAGGGGAAAAAGGGUAUGCAGAUGAAGCAGAAGCAGAAGCAGCAGCAGCAGGGAAGGAGAAGGAGGAGGAGGAUGAGAAGGUUAGGAAGAAGACGAAGCAGAAUGAAAAGGAUGUAUCAGUAAAGCAGAGCUUUGAUU